UAAAAGCUGCCCCCCAAGUGCGCUUUGGUCCGCUCUAGGCUAGGGGAGCAUCACCCGCCCCCAAAUCAGAAAUCGGCGCCUCCAUUGGUUCGAUCCGCCGCCAGCCCGGGCCAGCCACGACGGUCAGGUUCCGGUCCCGGCGGCAAAGCUCGGCGCCAUGGCGAUUGGAUGCGGUGGGAGUCGGGCGGCGAGCUGCGGUGGUUCUAUCGCGUCAGGCGCUUCGGUCGCGGACGCGGCGGCGGUUCCAAUGGCGUCGCGUCGCCGCUGCGGUGGUUCCGUUCCGGCGCGGCCGUGGGGGUGGGGUCGCGGCGGUGGCGCAACCACCAAACCAAGAAGGCAGUGUCCGGGCCGGUCGACGUCGCUGCUGUCCGUUUUACCCCAACCCAGCUGCAAUUUCGGUCACUCAUAUCUCUGUACUCGAUCCAUCCACCAGCUGCACUGUCGGUCACUCAUUUCUCUGCAUUCAAUCCAACAGCUGCAAUGUCGGGUCACUCAUUGCUGCCGGAGUUGCCGUCGUUUGUACACGAUGAGAAAUCCAACUUUACCCUCUGUACUAGCGACGUCAAGUGUGAACGUCGGAGACGAAGCAGUGCCGCUCAUUACUCCGUCAGCUGCAAUGUCACCGUCACUCAUUAUUCCCCAUCAACCCAUCACCUGCAGUGUCUGGGCCACUCAUUCAUUACUAGUAGUACUCUAUCAAUCCAUCAUCUGCUCCAUUGCACCAGCACCUCUGGCUGGAUCUCCAUUUUGCUCCACCCGCAAGAGCUAGCAUUGCCACCUGCACCUCCUCCAGCAGAGCCAGAGGGACAAGAGAGGCAUGGAGGCGACGGCGGUUAGCGUGGGCAAGGCCGUUCUCGACGGCGCGCUCGGCUACGCCAAGUCCAAGGCAGCCGAGGAAAUCGCCCUGCAGCUUGGCGUCGAGCGUGAUGUGGACUUCAUCAAGGACGAGCUGCAGAUGAUGCAGUCGUUUCUGAUGACGGCCGAUGAGGAGCAAAGCCAGAACAAGGUGCUCACCACAUGGGUGAAACAGGUGGGGAUACUGGCCUACAAAGUGGAGGAUAGCCUCAUGGAUUUUGGCCUUCACUCUGAGAAAAAACCAUUCUUAGGGUGCAUUCCCCGCAAUCCAAUGGAUCGACGCCGCAUCGCCAAGGAGGUGAAGGAGCUUAGGGCCAAGGUGGAGGACGUGAGCAACAGGAACCUGCGCUAUCGCCUCAUCAAGGAGAGCUCAGGCUCCAAGCCUACAGCGGCAGAGGAGCAGGCCAAAAUUGCCACUGAAGCAAUGUUUGGCAUGAACCAAGCAAGGCUUACUGCCUUGGACCGUGGAAAAUCAUCAGAGGUGAACCUCCAACAGCUGAUUACCAGCAACGAUGUGGACCUUAGGGUGAUCGCCGUGUGGGGCUGUAGUGGUGAUCUUGGGAAGACGUCUGCCAUCCAGGAGGUUUAUGAUGACCCGAAGGUAUUGGAAACGUUUGGAUUCUGUGCUUGGAUUAGGUUGAUGCAUCCUUUCAAUCCACAAGAGUUUCUCAGAAGCUUGGUAAGACAAUUUUAUGAAAAUUCACAUGAUGAUGCUGGAAAGGCGGAACAAGAAACAAGUGUCGGGGCUAAUGUUCUGGCCAAGAUGGAGAAGAUGGAUCAAAGUGAUUUAGUUCGGCUGUUUAAUGCGCAGCUGUGUAGCAAUAGCUACCUUGUUGUCAUUACCGACCUGUCCACAAUAGAAGAGUGGCAUUGCAUUAAGAAGUACUUUCCUGACAACAAGAGACAAAGUAGAAUCAUCGUUUCCACUCAGCAAGAUGAAAUUGCAUGCUUGUGCACAGAGAAACCGUAUCAGAUGUCCAAGUUCAGGCAGUUGUCAUAUGAUCAAAUUAUUUAUUUGUUCCACAAGAAGACUUCACCGGAACAGAUCAGUUUAAUAGACAACACCGAUAAAGCAAUGGUUGCUGCUGUGGAGAAGGAGAAACUGAAGGUUAUUCAUGCAUCAUGUUCUGCUGCUGAGCCCAUUUCUGACUCAAACAAAGUUACUACUAGUGAGAAACACACAGCAGUGCCCGCCGGUGAAAUACUGGAGGAAGAUCAAAAACCUAACAAUGCAGAUGGCGACAAAAUUUGCAACUCAACUGCUAGAAAGAAGUUCGAUCGCAGCAGGACACUGGCACUGGCUGAUGAAGUGCUAUGUGGGCGAGAAACUGAGAAAACUAAUGUCAUCAAUUUAGUUGGCCAACCAGAAAAGAAUCGAGGCUGUAAGGUGGUUUCUGUUUGGGGAAUGGGUGGUCUUGGAAAAACCACCCUCGUCCGGAGCAUCUACCGAAGCCAAGAGCUUGGUGUCUUGAAGCGUGCUUGGGCCACUGCAUUGCGUCCUUUUAACCCUGAGGUACUCCUUAGAGAUUUGGCUCUGCAGCUUCAGAAUACUAUUCAAGAAGAGCCUGCUAGUGCAACGGCAAUUGAAGCACGAAAGAAAAUGUUAGCCGGGAUGAAACUUGAAGAUUUGGAGGAGCAGGUAGCUGAUGUACUAAAAAUAGAAGAGUGCCUUGUUGUUCUUGAUGAUGUAUCGACCACUUUUGAAUGGGACUUGGUCAAACAUUGUUUGGGCAAUGCUAGAAGGAUCAUAGUCACCACAAGAAAAAAAGAUAUUGCCAAACAUUGUUCAAUAGAGGACAAGUACAUCUGCCAUCUUGAUGGUCUGAAAGAUGAUGCUGCACUUGACCUCUUCAUGAAGAAGGUAUUCAAGGACAAUUUUGAAGUAAAUUAUUUAGCCCCAGCUAUGAUGGAGCAAGCAAAGCUUAUCCUGCAGAAAUGUGCUGGACUGCCCCUUGCAAUAUCGACUAUCGGUGGAUUCCUUGCCACUAAGCCAAAAACUGCUAAUGAAUGGAGGAAGAUGAGUGAUGGCAUUAGCAUUGAAUUGGAGAUGAAUCCUGAACUUAGGACAAUAAGGACAGUUCUUAUGAGGAGCUACUAUGGUUUGCCAUACCAUCUCAAGUCUGCUUUCUUAUACCUAUCCAUAUUUCAAGAAGAUCAGAGAAUUAGGUGGGGUCGCUUGAUGAGGCGGUGGAUUGCAGAGGGUUACUCAAGGGAUAUGCAGGGCAUAACUGCAGCUGGACUCUGUCGGAGGUACUUUGAUGAGCUCUUGGAUAGGAGUAUGAUCCUGCCAGGGGAAGGGACAGACCAAUACAGUCAGAAAAUCAGUUCUUGCCUACUCCAUGAUAUGAUCCGUGAAAUAUGCAUCUCAAAGGCUAGGGAGGAAAACCUUUUUUUGACGCUGGAGGAAGGAUGUUGUUUGAGUGACACGCAGGGUGCAAUACGUCAUCUUGUCAUUGGCAGCAACUGGAAAAGGGAUAAAGAUGUGUUGGAGAGCAAGCUAGACUUGUCACACGUACGGUCAUUGACCGUGUUUGGAGAGUGGAGAUCGUUUUUCAUUUCCGACAAUAUGAGGUUUGUGCGAGUGCUCGACUUAGAAGACACACUGGGGUUUAGAAAUCAUCAUCUUGAUCAAAUCGGGCAGCUCCGUCACCUCAAGUACCUUUCUCUUCGAGGAUGUUGGAGCAUUUUAUGUCUGCCUAAUUCUUUCCGGAAUUUGAGGCACCUCGAAACACUGGAUGUUAGAGGUACACGCAUAUCUGAGUUGCCAACAAUAAUCACUGAGCUUCGGAAGCUACAACACCUUCAUGCAGAUGAUUAUGGGGAUCGUAUUGGUGUUAGGGGAGAGGAUGACAUAGUUCAUAAGUAUCACAAGUUUAGAGGUCAUCUUUUCUUGAGACCACAAGUUUUAGAUGCUGGUUUGAACAGGAAUGAUAUAUUCAAUCUAUACCGCUUCCAGCAGGAGGAGAACCUAUAUGGCAUUAUUCUUCCUAAAGGGAUUGGUAAAUUGAAGACCCUUCAUGCACUAGGUGCUGUUGAUGUUUCUUGGAGAAAUGGAAAUGCCAUUGUAAAAGAGUUCCGAGAGCUUACUGAGCUACGUAACCUUAAAGUGGGUGGUGUGAGCUGCAGAAACAUCAAUGAGUUAUGGUCUGCCAUUGCUGGCUAUAGUCAACUUAAAUCUCUGUCAGUUCAAAUAGGUGGCCCGGACAAGAGGAAUGCGUUAGAUGGCUGUUUGGGUGAGGGUUUGUUACCAUCAAACAGCCUUGAGAGCCUCCAUCUGUGGGGUAAGCUUGUCAAUGUAACAAAGUGGAUCAAUACGCUUCAGAAUCUCACCAAGUUGGUGCUAAGGCGGAGCAGAUUGGAGCAAGAUGACGCCAUACAAGCCCUUGGAUUUCUACCGAAUCUUGUAGUUCUACGACUGAGGAUGGAUUCGUUCGAUGGGACACAGCUCCAUGUCAAGAGCUCAUCUUUCCCGAGUCUCAUAGUGCUGGAGUUGCAAUGGUUAGACAACCUCCAGUCGGCGCUGUUUGAAAAAGACGCAAUGCCUAAGCUCGAGUUGCUACAAAUUGGUCAGUGCAAAAAUCUGAAUGGAUUCUCCGGGCUGCCAGCCCUCGGAAGCCUCAAGGAGAUUCGGUUGGGUAGUUAUGAUCUCAGUGAAACAUUGAAGGUAUCGGUGCAGAGUCGGGUAGCGGAGCAUAUAAAUCACGUCAGAGUGAAUAUUGUUUGACUAAACUUUGUUUAUAUGUAUGUAUAUGUAGAUUCCAUGGGAGACCAAAGAUUGGUGCGUGCACUCGCUCUUGUAAUGGUUCCUCUAGUACUGUUGCAAUAUGUAUAUGUAUAUGUAUGUAUAUGUAGAGUCACUACUUUGACCGAAUAGGCAUUUCUUUUGGUUUUGGCUCC